ACAAGUGUUUCUAAUUUAUAUGAGAAGUGUUGAUACAAGGAAGACUAUUGAGUUUCGGUGCACAUUUACAAUCUAUUGUCUAUGUAAAAGUAUAAAAUUAAUUUGGGUUCCACAAAAAACAAUCAGAAGGGCGAGCCCGGAUCCAAACACACUUACAAAUAUACCACAUAAUGAGUCUGAAUCCAAGUAGGAUACCAUCUUAGCGACGAUCUCACACAAGUUUUUCUGCAAUCUAGAAUCCAAAUUGGUGAUACUUGCACCAUCCCGUAACAUAACAUCUCAAUGUCUCAGCCGAAGAUGAGGAAAUAGCUCAAGAAGUUGGACAAAAAUAUCUGAUUGCAUUACAUCACCCAAAAAAAAUUUAAGGGAAAGGUGCUAAUAAGUAAAACAAAGAGCUCAAUAAAAAUAUUUCAUCGUUGAUUGCGAAGCCAAAUUCUCAGUGAGCAUGAGUCCUUUACAUGGCCCAAGUGUAGAAAUAUCUAUCAACUACUUUUGGUAUGGGUAUCUAAUCCUCCUGUGUAGCCCUACCAACUACAACUUCAGAAUGAAGUGAUUGGCAAAGAGUAUGCGAUAAGCAAUUCCCCACAGCCAAUCCUAUUAUUCAUAUGGCUAUUGGACCAUGGAUGUGCAUUUAGGUAAAUACACAAUAUAAAUCAAAUCACCAUGAUAACAAACCAUAGUCACGUACAAAAAUUACUAUUUAAAUUGACAUUAUUAGUUGCCAUGCCACCAACUCUGAUAAAUUACAUAUGCUCGUGGAAAAUAUAGCAUCAACUUGUGGGUCUUGAGGCCCAUUAUACAAUGUUGACAGAGGAUAUCCAACCAUACAUAGUCUUGGAAUCUUCCCAAUGUUCCCUCUCUGCUGAAACCAACUUAGAAUCCUUCUAGGAAUUCUACACUUCCCAUUUAAAACUAGAUGACGAAAAGGAACUCAAUAUGUCCCUCUAUAAAACGUCUUCUAAAUAUCCUCUUUAAAAAAAGAUUCAUCAAUUCAGUAUCCACAGCCUUUUCCAAUCUCGAGUUCCUUUUCUGAGAUAACCAUCUCUGGUCCAGCUUUCACAGGAAAGCUCAAUAUGACGUUCCUGAGUUGGAUGCAUCGUAAGUUGACUCAGAACAGUAUGGAGCCAAUGAAGAAUUCCAUAAUAGGAAACCCUUGUGCCUGUUUUUCAGUGCAGACAUUUUCUGACGAGAAAAGCUAUCAUGUAGAACCACCCAAGAAUUUGUCUCACUCAAAAAACAACUUUCACAAGUCUUCAAACAGGUCUGAAUCUGAUGAAGUUGAGCGGCUGUUCCAAGAGGAACUGUUUGAGCCCUUUGAAUUUCUUGCAAUUGGCACCUUCGGCAUUGAAUUACAAGGUACAGAUCCCCCAACACCAAAUCUGCCAAUGCCUUCCGAAGACUUGACCGAUUAUCGGAUACAGAUAACCGAAAAUGAUCUCCAGCUAAUAAACUAUGAGCUAGAGAAGUUUCUUGAAGCUGAGGAUAAAGAGUUAGCUAAUGAGACAUCUGGACGAAGUAGUCAAGCAAGCAUAAUAACCCUCAGCAAUAAGCUGAUAGAGGGAGAAGAUUCUGAUGGUCAGACUUUCUUCACAGAUUUUCCUCUCCAAAGUUAUCUCUUAGCCAAUUCAAUUGAAGUUGUGCAGACAAAUAAUGAGACAGGAAAAGAAAAGACAUCCCUUGAAGAUCUCUUUAGGAGGAAUAAUAUAGCCCACAAUGAUCCAGCAAGGGAGUUCAAAGGAGCAGAACAGCGCUCGAGGAAAAGAAAUGUCACUUGUUUCAUGAAAAAAUUGGUAAAGAAGUUCCAUUGUUCAUCCAGCAGCUCAACAGCUACUUCUAAGGAUGGAGAUACUGUGCCCAUCCCAAGGAAGAAAAAGCUCUCUAAGGUUCUUAAAAUGCUGCAAAGGAAAGUUCACCCUGAGGAUAUGACUGAUAAACACAUUCCCUAUAAAGAUGUCUUUAAGACCGAAGAAGAUGAUGGAAAUAAGAUGGUUGGUCCAGCUCCUAGCAAAACGAAGGAAAACAGUAUGAAAUUAUCUUUGGAUGAUAUCUGCAAAGGUUCUUCAACAACUAAAGGAGGGCACUGGAUUAAGACAGAUUCUGAUUGUAAGUUAAAAUGUGAAAUAACAUGCAUUCUGUUCUUGAUUACAUACACUUGUCUUAAUCAUUUUUUCUUUUCCUGUCUCGGGUAUCUAAAUUACAAGAUUUGGUCCUGGAGUUGUAGCGGCCGAAACAAUGAAAGCAAGGCAGGCAUCCUAGUUUAAUUCGACUUCCAUGGGUGGAGUUUGCUCGGGUAUGUGUGUCAGUGUGUUUGUGAAUUUAUCCAGUGGUGAAGUCAGAACUGAAUGGGUUAGCAAGAAAUAAACUAGGAGUUUCUCCUAGCCAGUGUGAUCUACUGUGAAGUGCUAUGGUAGCGGAUGGUAAUGCUAUUUGUAUGAUUGUAUCUCGUUCUUCUUUACAAGUAAAACCCAGUUAUCGAAAACAAUGCAAUGUUUGUACUAAAAGCUAUUAUGUUCAAUGCAUUGAGUGCUUGUAUGACUA